AAUUCAGAAUUCCCCAGCCCAAAUUGCUUCAUCCAAAUUUUCUGCUGUCAAACGGAUCAAUCUAGCACAAUUGACUCAAAACGAGAUAAUUGUAUCAAAUUGAUCCAUUAAAAUUCCUCAUCCAAACGACCCCUAGGAAUUCCGCUGAAAAUCCCAGUAGAAAAAGCGAUAUUUAUUUUCUCUCUCUCCUCCCUCCUUAUUUUCGAACCCUUUUUAAAUCAUUUUGGAACUCAUCUCGCCGGGUUAGACGGUGCCUUAUUAUUUUCCCUUUUGCCAAAAAAAAACACCACAACCCCAAAGGAGGUAAGAAAGAAAGAGAUCCCAAAACUGAAAACUCUCUCUAUCGGAGAAAGGAAAGCGAAGGCGGAAGAGAGGAAAAUGGCGGAUCAGCUCACCGACGAUCAGAUCUCCGAGUUCAAGGAGGCCUUCAGCUUGUUCGACAAGGAUGGCGAUGGUACGCGAGCCUUCUUUUCUUUCUCCAUUCUCUCCCUCGCUCUUUUUUAUCCUUCCGCUUUCGUUCUUCUUCGUAGCUGUAGAUCUGAUGUCUCGUCUGUAUCCUUGAUGGCGAUGUCGUUUGCAGAGAUUGAUUCCUCGUCUUGUCCAGCUGCUGUUUAGUGAUUUAAGUUAGUUUUCCUAUUCCGUUUUUGUUUCCGCUUCCUGAGAUCCGUUUCCGCCGGUCGGUCUAGUUUGGAGGCGACGUAGUGUUUUCUACGGCCUGUGUUUUAGGCGUUUCAUGAGGCGUAGAAAUAGAUUGGUUCAGGAACCAUGAUGCCUUUCUUCCUCGCAUACCGGAUUAAUCGAGUCAACUUAUCUCGUUUAUGGAGGAGGUUAUUUCCAUUUCUUGCUGCGUUUCUGGAACGCAAUAUACAUGUUCAUUAGUCAGAAAGCAGAAUCGCCAUAAUCGUUAGGCAAAGUAGCAGAUCGCGAUUGAUUGGUGACUCGAAGGAACUUGCUAGUUGUUCUUAUGGUGUUCCGCACAUGUCAGUCGAUUGUCCUUUCCUUCGUUUUCCUCAGAAUUAAAUUCUUCGUCCUGUUUUCUGGAUGAACGAUGCAAUUGAUGGUAGGAUCUCAUGGAAUGACGACUGCUCUUGAUGGAUUCUUACGAGUGUUUGUAAUUUUUGGAACUUGGGAAUUCAGAUCCAGUGAAGAUAUCUUGGUUUUAGUUUUACUUUUCCAUGGCUGCUGGCUGGAUAUACUGGACUGUCGACAAGUGUUUGAUGAAGAGACACUACAGUUGUCUUGGUCUUUUAUAGCAAAAAAAAAUCUUGUUAAUGCAAAGUGAAACAUGCAAGCAAUUGAUUGGGCAAGUUGGAAUGGGGUAGAAAGUGACAUCUUAUCUUCUCUCAAAAUCAAAGCUAAUUCUUGAUUUGGAAAGAAGAUAAGAAAGCUAUCAUAAGGACUUGACUAUGAAUACAUAUUUUCCUAAUUUGUUGAUAUGGAUUUGUUUGCUGAGUAAUCUUAUGAAUUGAUAAUGAACCAUUGUGCUGUGUGCUAUGCCAUAGGUGGAUGUAGUGUUUGUUUGGACUUCUGGUCGCUUCAUACGCAGGCCAUAGAAGCUUUUGAAUGUUUGGUGUGUGUACUUGUGGUGAUUUCCAAGCUUGGUUUGAGUAAUUGAGUUUCUGGUGUGAACAUAUAAAUGUAGUGCAGGUGCAGCCUUGACCAAGCAUGCUUCUGCUCAUGCAGAAUUGGGUGCCAUUGCAGCAUCUCGCGAAUAACGAUGGUUAUUUCUCCAUUUUGCAGGUUGUAUCACCACCAAGGAGCUGGGAACCGUGAUGAGGUCGCUGGGCCAGAACCCUACGGAGGCAGAGCUCCAGGACAUGAUCAAUGAGGUGGACGCUGAUGGAAACGGGACCAUUGACUUCCCAGAGUUCCUGAACCUGAUGGCAAGGAAGAUGAAGGACACCGAUUCGGAGGAGGAGCUGAAGGAGGCCUUCAGAGUCUUCGACAAGGACCAGAACGGUUUCAUCUCAGCGGCUGAGCUCCGCCACGUGAUGACCAACCUCGGCGAGAAGCUGACCGACGAGGAGGUCGAUGAGAUGAUCAGGGAGGCUGAUGUCGACGGCGAUGGCCAGAUCAAUUACGAGGAGUUCGUCAAGGUCAUGAUGGCCAAGUAAAUGAUCUCUCUACCCCCCAGUUACCACGUUUGAUAAGGAACUUAUCGAUUUUUAAGAAGAAAAAAUUACAAAAAAAAAAAAAGUGAAUCGUGUUCUUUUUGGGGCAAAUUCUAAGAAAGGGGAGCAGUAGGAAUUUGUGGUGUUUUUUGUUUUUUUGUUUUACUUAGUGGGUGGAGCUGGUGGUGUGACAUUUCUAUCUCUGUUAUAAACUUCUCUGUCUAUUAUGUUUGUCUAUUGAAUGUUAUAUUUUCUACAUUAGCAUCUUUCGAGUACUUGAAGAGUGGCUUGGGGAGAAAGGAUUCAGCGUUUAUCUUUAAUGAAUGAAUGCAAGUGUUCUGUUCUUCAUUUGUGGCGUUGUUUUCAGCUUGUGGAAAGGCAGCCUUGUUUGUCUUCUUAAUCGUAAUCUAUGGAAAUGGGAUUUUUAUUUUAUGUGGGAGGAAAGGAAAAGGGCAAUCAUGUUACGGUUGAUUCAUCAUUCUCCUAAAUGAUCACGGUGACAUUAGUAAAAUGUUGCUACAUUAGAGUACUAGUAUAUCAAAAAGAGCUUCUUAUUUGGCUAUAUUGAGUUUAUGUAUCCAAGAUUAAGGCAAAUUUUUGAGAACCAAAUACCAAAUGAACUAAAUCCAUGAUA